GUCUCCCAAGCCAUUCAACUUCCACACAUCUGCUUCCUGAAAGAAAGUGAGAGAGGCAGAGAAAAAGAAAGUGAGAGAGGCAGAGAAAAAGAAAGUUGCAGAGAGUGACAGAGAGAGAGAGAGCUAUAGCUAUAGGAAUUAGCUAGGAAAGCAUGACAACCAAGACCAACCACCAAGUUGUUGAAGAAGACGAUCAUAUGCUACUCAUUUCUCACUUGUACCCUUCCGAUGUCUACACCCAAAUUGUACCCCAACAAGGAGCGUCAAAGCCUAAACGACGUCGUAAGAAGAGCAAAAGUGGAGAGGCUGGUGGUGCUGGGCUCAAGAAGAGGAAGCUGACUGCAGAACAAGUGAAUCUUCUUGAGCUCAAUUUUGGCAACGAACACAAAUUGGAGUCUGAGAAGAAGGACCGGCUUGCUUCUGAGCUAGGUCUUGAUCCUCGACAGGUUGCUGUCUGGUUCCAGAACCGAAGGGCUCGUUGGAAGAACAAGAAGUUGGAAGAAGAAUACUCCAACUUGAAGAAAGAACAUGACAGCACUGUUUCUGAGAAUCGCAAGCUUGAAUCCGAGAUGUCGAAGCUCAAGGAGCAAAUCUCGGAGGCUGAGAAGGAGAUUCGACGGCUCUCAGAGCGCGUAGACCAUGGCGGCUCGAGCAACAGUCCAAGCUCCUCACUCUCUAUGGACGCCAUUGAUCCUCCAUUUUUAGGAGAGUUUGGGGUGGAGGAGUACGAUGAUGUUUUUUACAUGCCCCAGAACAAUUACAUUCAUGGCAUGGAAUGGAUGAACCUGUACAUGUGAAUUUAAUUAUCAACUUAAUUAGAAUUUUGUAGAUAGUGACAAGCUAAUGUAAAUCGUUGUCUUUCCCUCUCUAUGUAGUAGCUUAGUGUGCUUGACUAGGAAUUUGGAAAUUAAUGUACUUAUUAUUAAUAUAAUAACUUCCCUAUUGACUGAAAA